AUGGCAGCUCCUUUCACUUCUAUCUCCUUCCUCCUUCUCCCUCUCUUCUUUCUCUCUCACCUCCCUCUUCACUCACCCAACCAAGAACUUUCUGAUCAAUCAUGUCCUCACUUCGAUUGUGGAAAUCUGACCAAUAUCAGAUUCCCAUUCACCAACAGCACCAAUCUCGAAUGUGGAUGGCCCGUCCAAUGCAACUAUCACGCACCGCAGUUCCAAUUCAAUAACAGCGGAAGAUCUUACAUUAUAAAGAACAUCUCUUACGAAGAAAAUACGCUAGUAAUUCAAGACGAGCGAUUCAACAGUCAGUUACCAUCCGAUGUAUGUGAUUUCCUUGUUGAUUUCUCCAUAUCCAUGCCAGAGUUUCAUCUCAUAAGUCCCAUGAUCACGUUUUUCAAUUGUGAUCAUGAUCAUUACACCCCACCUCGGCAUUUCAAUAUGGAGUUGUAUAAGUACACACUCUGCGAAGGCUAUGAUCUUUACUAUACAUACAGCUUGCAAAGUCUGCCGCCUGAGAGUCUCCCGUAUAAUUGUACGGUUGUAAGAUUUCCUGUGUUCGGGCAAUGGCAGAUCAAUUCCAGUUGGUCUAAUGGUGACCUUUUGUCAUUGUUGGCUGUGGGUUUUGUUCUUAAAUGGGAUGUUCUGACGGAGUGCAAGGAGUGUAUCAUCACAGGAGGCUUGUGCAGUCCUACUAUUAUUGCUGGAAAUUUCAUUUGUUCUCACUUCUUUACUGCCGGUUCAGAUUCGAAUUCAGGCGUUAGUGUAGGAAUUGGGAGCUUCCUUGUUACAUGUCUCAUCUGCUUCAUCCUUCACCGGCGGUGCCGCAACAAACGCCUCCCUUCUUCAUAUUCAACUGCCAUCUCUCUAGCAAUCUCUUCUGAUUCAGAUCCCAAAUGCCAGAUCGAAAACAGCGGCGCUAACGGUGGCACCAUCUUUCAAACUCAAGUGUUCACGUACGAGGAGCUCAAAGAAGCCACCCACGACUUCGAUGCCUCUAAAGAACUUGGCGAUGGCGGGUUUGGAACCGUAUACCUUGGUAAGCCCAACUCAUCUCUUUGUGAAUUCAUUUAUGUUCCUUCUAUGCAGGGUGGGAAGCUUCAUGACGGGCGUUCUGUUGCUGUAAAGCGAUUUUACCAGAACAACUACAAUCGUGUGGAACAAUUCAUGAACGAAAUCAAUAUCCUCUCUCGUUUGCGCCAUCAGAACCUGGUCACACUAUACGGGUGCACCUCUCGCGACAGUCGUGAGCUUCUCCUUGUCUAUGAAUUUAUCCCCAAUGGGACAGUAGCGGAUCAUCUCCAUGCCAACCCUUCAAAAACCAGGGCUUUCACAUGGGCCACACGUAUGCGUGUUGCCAUUGAGACUGCCGAUGCACUUGCUUACCUCCAUGCCGUCGAAAUCAUACAUCGAGAUGUCAAAACCAACAACAUUCUCCUUGACAAUGAUUUCCGAGUAAAAGUUGCAGACUUUGGCAUGUCGCGUUUGUUUCCAAUGGGCAAGUCACAUGUGUCGACUGUGCCGCAAGGGACGCCUGGCUAUGUGGACCCUGAGUAUCAUCGGUGCUACCAACUUACUAACAAGAGUGAUGUGUAUAGCUUUGGAGUGGUCUUGAUCGAGCUUAUAUCAUCCAAGCAGGCUGUAGAUGUCACUAGGCAUCCAGAUGAGAUUAAUUUGGCUAAUAUGGCAGUUAACAAGAUCCACAAUGGAGGAUUGCAUAAGUUGGUGGACCCCAAUCUACAGUUCGAAUCGAACAAUGCCGUAAGGAGAAUGAUUAUAUUGGUAGCUGAGUUGGCUUUUAGGUGUUUGCAAGAUGAUAAGGAGGUGAGGCCUUCAAUGCAGGAGGUUUUGGAGGGGUUGAGAGAAAUUGGGAGUGAGGAUUAUAAGGUGGAGAAGGUGGACCGUCCAGCUGCCUGCGACAUUUCAUCACUGGAUAAAAGUGCAUCACUGUCGCCGGAUGCUGUGACCGACACAUGGAUCAAUUUAUCUACCACAUCUAAUGCUAGUGACUAA